UAUUCUAUAACCACCACUGGCAUCUUCGAAGGUUGCCAAUAUAAAUGCUAUUUACAGGGCUCAAAGGCUGCUUCAGCCCAUUGAUCUCUGCUUCGAUACUGUCUGAUUGGGUACGAAAUGGCGGUUCAAUCAUGCGAUCCGAGCGAGAAUUUCACCACACAUCGUGCUUCUUUUGCGCUGGAAUGGAUGAUCCAUGGGUGAAAGGGCUUUCCGAAAAGAGUGUAACUGUAUGAUCACGCUCCUCAUAGGGAGAAUAUGUUUCCGUAUAUGACGUUUAUUCUUUCUUCAAGGUCCUUCACGCGUCUUGGGUCUC